GAGGAGACGUGCCCUGCGAUCUGCGAGCGCGACAUGUUCAGCCUGCACCGCAACAUCCCGGCGCUGCGGCGGCGCGACGUGGACACGGCGGCCAUCCGGCAGCACUACUACCCCGAGGGCGGCUGGGGCUGGGUCGUCUGCGCCGCCGGCUUCCUCGCGAGGCUCCUCGCCGCCGCCGCGCAGUUCGGCUUCGGCCUGCUCUACCUGUACGCCGUGCACCACCUCGCCGACAAGGGCCGCGUACUGCCCGCGUGGCUGGGCGCGCUGAGCGCGGCCAUGUCGCUGCUGGCAGCUCCCCUGGCGGUGGCGCUGUGCAGGCGCAAGUGGACGCGCCUCUCCGCCGUGCUGGCCGGGCUCGUCAUGGCGCUCGGCUGCCUCUUCGCUUCCUUCGCCAUGCAACUGCACCAGCUCCUGGUCAGCUACGGACUGCUGCUGGGGGCUGCGAGCGGCCUGGUGCGGGAGACGGCGUCGCUGACGCUGGGACACUACUUCCGGCGGCGCCGCGAGUUCGUCGAGAUGCUGAUGCAGGCGGGCGCCGGCGCGGGGAUCGCGCUCUUCUCCGUCUUCUACUGGGAGGCCAUCGGGCAGUGGGGCUGGCGCCUGGGCCUGCAGGCGGUGACGGUGCUGCUGUGCGCCGCCUUCUUCCUGGGCAUGCUGUACCGCUCGGCGUCCAUGUACCACCCGCAGCGGCGCGCCAUCCAGCACCUGAAGAACCAGCGCAAGAAGGUCAAGCUGAAGAAGACGCCGCAGCACCGCCAGCCCAAGCAGCCCUUCUUCGACCUGACGCCACUGCGCAUCCGCGCCGUGCAGCUUCUCAUGCUGGCCGCCGCCGUCGCUGCCUUCGGAGUCUACUCGCCACUCUUCUACCUGGCCCUGCAAGGACAGCGCGAGGGCCUGGACGAGCGGGCGCUGGUGCUUCUGCAGACGUUCCUGGGCUGCUCCACGGCUCUGGGCUGCGUGGGCUUCGGGCUGAUGGUGGUGCGCGCCAGCGACCAGUGCCUCGUCUCCAGGCAGUACCUCUGCCAGGCCGCCAUGGUCGGCAUCGGAGUGUCGCUGCUGGCGCUGGGCUCAGUGGAGGGCUACCACGGCUACGUGCUGAUCGUGUGGCUGUACGGCGUCUGCCUGGGCGGCUUCGUCUACUCGUUCAAGGUGUUCGCCAUGGAGUGCGUGCGCUCCCGCUACUUUGCGCGCGCCUGGGGCUUCGUGCAGGGCGCCGAGGCGGUGCCGCUGCUGGUCGGCGUGCCCGUCACCGGCUACAUCAACCAGAACCACCCGCAGGCGGGCUACUACUUCUCGAUGGCGGCCACGCUGGCCGGGGCGGCGCUGCUGUUCGUGGUGGGCGGCGGGUCGCGGCGCGGCUGGGACUCUGUGCCCGGCGGCUGCGGCGCGCUGCCGGACGGCCCCCUGGCCGCCGCCGCCCCCGCGCCGCUCAGCAUGUCUUUCGGCACGCCGUUGGACCUGCCUCCGCCGGACGACAUCCUGUGGCGGCCCGUGCGGUCGUGUCGCAGCGAGCCCGAGAGCCUGGGCCGGCCGCCGCCGCCCGCCGCCGCCGCUUUCACCGUCGUCGAGCAGAUCACCACCUGCGUCUGA